CUGAGCAAAGAAAAACGUUUAUAUUCCACUCAAGCGAUAGAGCUCUCUACAUAUGGGAAUUAUUCGGUGGUGAGGAGGAACCUCGUCUGUCGCUCAACCUUGAGUCGGUCGACGAUUUGAAAGGGCACCUCGAAAAUUCCCACAGAAAUUCACGGUGCAGAUUCAUGUAAACCAUAUGAGUCAAAAUCAGUUUCAGUGGGUUCAAUGUAACAUCACAAUUCCCUCAUUAUUUGACUUCCUGUUCGCUUUGGGGCCAAGAGAGUCGAAGUAUACUUUGCCGAAAUUUCGUCAAGAGAAUCACCUGCAUGCUGUUGACGAGACUCUUCAUCCGGUAUUUGGUUCUAAAAUCAGGAUUCAGCAUGGUUUCAGCCUAUUGUCUGCUUUCACUGAGAGCAGUGUACAGCAAGGACUUGCUUGUCGUCUGUCGAAAACGAUCAUCUACCAUUCAUUUGACCUUGUUAUGGGCCGUUAUCAGUGGUUUGUUAUCGGGGAUAAGGCCUAUCAUAACAUGGUCAGGAGUGCGGUAGAAGACAGCGGCGCAUUGCAACGACACUCGUCUCUGGACGUCAAGUCGGCCUUCAUAGCAAUUUUGACGAUGCAUCUUAUUCUCAUUAAAGCAUCCUCAGAUACCCUGGCCUAUUGCAUUGACUACCUCGAGCAGGCGUGGCAUCAGGUCCGCGAUAAUAUAAGCCAUCAUCGCAACAGUGGGAUGACAGCCCCGCCAUAUGUACGAUAUUCUACCAGUACUAGGGUUCAGGUAUUACUGCUCUCGAGCCGAGGACCAUUUCAAACACAUCUGGAGAUUUCUUGAUUUUCCCCCCAUUUAGCAACGAUAUUACGAACACGACGAGGUCUGGAAGGCGGGCAAGGGCUAUUAGCUCAGAUCUACGGAGUACGAUCUACUCAGACC